GAAACCGAGUGGCAGCAGUUUAAGAGAAGCCUACUCGAGGCUGCCGCCGAAUGCUGCGGAUAUAAACAGGUUGGCCUGCCGCCUGAAGGUCAGCAGAGAUCUUUAUGGUGGACACGAGAGGUACAACUGGCAGUAAAAGAGAAAAAAGCAGCGUUGAAGAAAUGGCUUGGAAACAAGGAGCCAUCUACAUGCGUGCAAUGUGUCGAGGCACGCAAGGCGGCAGCCAUAGCAGUGGCAAAAGCCAAGGCUGAUUCCUGGGAGAAGUUCGGUGAGACCAUCUGCCGGCUCCGAGCUGAAAAGACGGGCAGCCUCAAAUUCUUGAAGGACAGAUCUGGACACCCACUUACUAAGGAUGAUGACAUUCUUCGAUGGAGGGAGUACUUUGAAGAACUCCUUAACCCCGCGCAACAGCAGGAAGACUCGCCUUUAGAGCAGAAGGCAUCUUCUGAAACUGAUGAUCAGGGCCCCAUAGAAAGGUUCACAGCCGAGUGCGACGUGACCGGCAUCCGUAUGGACGCAUCUAAAAGGAAAAGCCUAGUGCUUCAUCGUUCUCCUGCCCGCUGCUCUCUUCAGAUUAACGGAGAUGCAGUGGAGGAGGUGGAGAAGUUCAAGUACUUCGGAAUUGUAUUUGCUAGUGAUGGAAAAUUUGAGCAAGAGAUCGACCGGCGAACUGGAAUAGCCAGUCACAUUCUGCGUGAACUAGCCCGACCCACUGCGACUAAACCAGAGCUCAGUCUGAAAACUAACCUCUCGAUAUUCAAGCCGAUCAUUCUCCCCAUACUUACCUACGGUCCUGAAUCGUGA